AAGGCCUCCUUCGUGCCUCCUGCCUCGAAACCACUCGGCUUCUGUGGUUUUAAAUGUUUCUGCUGCACAGGAAGCACAGUCAGAACAGCAGCUUUGUCACAAAUUACUUUUAUGUCCACCAGCGCGUGCAGCUAAAUUAUCCUAAUGCGUCAAAUGGGAGUUUUCCAUUUGUUUUCCAGGUUGCAUUCCACGACAGCAGUGGGCCUCCAGCAUGCCUUCAUUUCUUCCUUUCAUGCACUAAAAUCAGAGAGUGGUUCUUACCCCUGGAAAAAUGAAGCAUCUGGGGCUUACACACACACACACACACACACCCCGCCCCCCAAGCGGAUGAAAACAAGACCUGGGGAUCCAAUUCUAAAUUUCACAUUAAUCAUUCAUUUUAAGCUGCAGAUGGAGUCUAAUAUUUGCAAGCCAAGUGCUGAAGUGCAUUUUUCCUUUCAGUGUUUUGGCUCAGUUACCACUUAAGAUUUGGCAAAUGUCUUAUAUUCGCCAUCGAGCAUUUUGCACUUUCAACGGGACUAGUGGCAUUUCAGUUGUAAAAGCUGUAUGGAUUGGUGUGGAUGGGAAUUUGUUUCAAAUCCAUUUGGACUUUUGGAACAGCACUGACAUCCAAUGGCUGCUCAAAGUAAUGCAGAGUGGGAAUCUCCUUUUGAUUAAAAAAAAAAAAAUCUUAACAUCACAGGGGAAUGGGAGAAUGAAUGAUUCCUUUACAUCAACGUAAAAAAAAGACCUCAGUGUUAGAGAGGAAAGAUCACAGGCACUGAAACUAAAUCUGGAUUAUAAUAAAUAGCAAAGCUAUCUGUAAUUCCGUUAUCUUUAGCAAGUUACUAUCCCUUGAAUAUAUUUCACCACUGGUAAAAAUGGAAGUAAUAUUAUGUUUCAGAGGGCCAUAAUUAUAGUUCUUUACAUACUGCUUUCUCAUAAUAAGCCUAUUGUAAAUGUUUUAUUUCAUUUGACGUGGAUAAAAAAUCACAGCGAUAAAAAAGGUGAAAGUCAAUCUCAGGAUCCCUUUUCAGAGAAACUGCUAUUAGGCAACAUUACUAGGCAGAAAUUGUGCUUCCUGAGACAUCUGCAGCUUGAUACCUUGUGUCUGGUCUUCCGGUUUUAUUCUUCAUGAUCACUAUAGUUGUGUUUUAGACCCCAGAAAUAACCAAGCCCUGAAAAAAUCCCAAUGUGACUGCUACUCUGCCCUACUUUUAAUGGAUUUGCACUCUAGUCAAGGAAGCUGCACAUGCCAAAGCAUUUCCUCACAACCUGUGGGACCAGAGCAUCUUGGGUGUGUGACGAUGGAAGAGUUGGAUGCCUUAUUGGAGGAAUUGGAGCGAUCCACCCUCCAGGACAGUGAUGAAUCCUCCAACCCAGAUCCUCUUCCCCUGGAUCAGCACUCCAGAAAGGAGAGUAACCUUGCUUCAGAGACUGUUUCAGUUCAGAAUGAUCCAAGUCCCUUGCCGGUGCAGCUUGUAUAUACUACACAUAUCCAGGAGUGCAAUAUCUACAGUGAAGUCCAAGAGCCAAAGAAAACACCACAUCCUCCUAAAACAUCAGCAGCUGCUCAGCUGGAUGAGCUCAUGGCCCACCUGUGUGAGAUGCAGACCCAGGUUGCAAUGAAAGAAGAUGCCAGCAAGAAACACAUAGCAAACAAGCAGGAUCCCAAGGCCUCCCUGGACUCAAUGCUGGGGGGUUUGGAACAGGAUCUGCAGGACCUCGGAGUUGCUGCAGUGCCCAAGGGCCACUGUGCUUCCUGUCAGAAACCAAUUGCUGGAAAGGUGAUCCAUGCUCUAGGGCAAGCCUGGCAUCCAGAGCACUUUGUGUGCACUCACUGCAAAGAGGAGAUUGGCUCCAGUCCCUUCUUUGAGCGGAGUGGCUUGGCCUACUGCUCCAAGGACUACCACCAUCUCUUUUCCCCACGCUGUGCUUACUGCGCUGCCCCCAUCCUGGAUAGAGUGCUGACGGCAAUGAACCAAACCUGGCACCCAGAGCACUUCUUCUGCUCUCACUGCGGAGAGGUGUUUGGUGCAGAAGGCUUUCACGAGAAGGACAAGAAGCCAUACUGCCGGAAGGAUUUCUUAGCCAUGUUCUCACCCAAGUGUGGUGGCUGCAACCGCCCAGUGUUGGAAAACUACCUCUCAGCCAUGGACACCGUCUGGCACCCAGAAUGCUUUGUGUGUGGGGACUGCUUCAGCAGUUUUUCUUCUGGCUCCUUCUUUGAACUGGAUGGACGUCCGUACUGCGAGCUCCAUUACCACCAGCGCCGAGGAACACUCUGCCACGGCUGUGGGCAGCCCAUCACCGGCCGCUGCAUCAGUGCCAUGGGCCACAAGUUCCAUCCUGAGCACUUCGUCUGUGCUUUCUGCCUGACACAGCUGUCAAAGGGCAUCUUCAGGGAGCAGGAUGACAAGACCUAUUGUCAGCCCUGCUUCACUAAGCUCUUCCCUCUGUAAUCCCAGCUGAGCCUGCAGUCUCCGCAGAUCCCCUGCAAAAUUUAAACCAGGAGGGGAAGGAGUGCUGUGUUGUUACUGCUCUGCUGCUCAGUAGGCACAUAGAGAAGGUAAAGGGAAUGAACUUCUAGACGUUACAUGGUUAGGCUUGGAGUCUUAGGUUGUAGAUUUCUUAGGUUGUAGAUUUAUUUUUAAAAAAUCAGGUACUUAUUUUUUAAAAAUCAGGUACUUAUUUUUUAAAAAUCAGGUACUUAAAUUUAGAGUUGUGUCUGGCCACUUGUGCCUCUGCAGAUGCAUCUUCUACAUGCACACAUUCAGUUCAUUGCCAGUUUUCUCAAAUUUCUCCCAUUUUCACUCUUGUGAUGGCCCUGCACAUGUCUUCUUUCCCAUCACCUCAUAACUUGGCCUUUCCAUGCCUUCCUCAUUUCCCCGUGACUCACUUUCCCAUGACCAAUGAAUGCAUUAUCCUCGCUGUCAGGAAUCCCAAUGCCCCUCCUAAGCUCUCUGCAUCUCUCUUCAUGUGCUUCUUUUUCAAGAGGAAGUAGAUGUUAAGUGCACUACUUUGAGUACUGACAUCAUUGAUAAAUAAAAUGGCUUUCAGUUUUAAUGUCUUACUGACAUGUUUGGAGAAAAACUUUUGUUUCCUGUGGUAUGUACUAGGCACUGUUUGCAAUUAAAUCCAUAACCAGUCUCCUGUUUACUUCCAUACAGUAGGCACUAUUUUUAAUCAAAAGAAAUUGAAAGGAGGGACUCCUGUUCACUAACUUUUCUCUUAAUUUGCACCCAUAACAUUCAUUUUAUGUUAUUUUUUUUGCACUGAGAUAACUGAAUCAUCUUAAAAGGUGGCAAAAUGUCUUCAAAUUGUUUUCAUCACUCUGUUUACCUAAAGUGAAAAACCAGAUCUCCUCUAGGCGCUUGAAAAUUCCUUUUGCAUAUGUAUGCAUUUCUACAAACUCAUAAAAUUGUGUAUAUUAAGUAAGUCCAGGUCUUUUGUAUAUCAAUUAUAUCUCAA